AUGAGUCAACCGAUGAAAGAAAUUGAAUGGAUAAAAAUCAUAUGGGUUCCCAUAUAUUUGAGGGCUGAGGAAAACUAUACCACAAUCGCAAGCAAUUUCAGUAAGGUUCUACAAGUUGACGGACAUAAUUGGGGUAACAUAAAUCUUUCUUAUGGCACAACUUGUAUUCUUCCAACUGAAAUCACUCGGAUCAAUGGGUCACUGACAUAUGUAGAUGUCGAUUCCACUCAAAACAACUCCGAUUCUGGGUCAGGUGAUGACGAGGACUCUGAGGGGAUCUCUAACACCUGGGAGAACAAUCUUGUAGAGGACGAAUUGGAGGAGGGAGAAAUCGAACAAGAUGAAGUCAACAAGAACCAUAUGAUUACCGAAAAAUUUCACCGGAUAAAACAAUAG